AAGUAUCUUUUGUGGUACGUGUUCAGCGAAGGUUCUGCCCUAACUAACAUGUGAUUUAUAAACUCGCCCGACGUGCACUUUUUCGAAGGUUGUCGCUCAACAAGCACAAAACAAAUUCUCGACACUCCAAUUCGUCGCUACGUCGCCACAUUGGAGUGUGAACGUACUUCCACCUGUGAGCCUUGCUUGCAGUGGUCCAUCCAAUAAUUCGCUAUUAUCAUCACAGCCCUGGCAAGGGAGAGAGGUGAGGUGGAGCUGAAGCAAGAUGUCAGCAUCAGGGGAAGCGAAAAUGGAGAUUGCCAAUCCGCCGAUGGUAGAUGAUAAGGCUGGACGGAAAUCUCCCCCUCACAUUGCGGCAACAAUGAGCGAACACGAUGGUGCAGAAAAGUCCAAAUUUAUUUCGUAUGAACCUACAAGGGAAAUGGUUAGAUUAAAUGCCGACGAUGAUUGGGAAGCCGUCGUGUUCUACGUCAAGAAGGACGAUAUCGUUCGAAGUCAGGAUGUCGGGGAGGGGGGAGAGCUGCCACGAGAACCAUCGCCGAUUCGGGCUCGCACCUUUGUCUUUGGGAAUGAUAAGACGGGAGAAUCCAAGUGGAGAAAAGUUCCCCUCCAGGUCCUUUCUGCGGAUGAUAGGGAAAGAUUCGCAAAGACGAUCAAAGGUGCCGGUGCCUCCAAUCAAUCAUCUGAGGACGACCUAGACAAGGAAUUCUGUAAAGAUUUGCCUCCUUACCUCAAUUUUGAGGACAAGUCUUCGUCAAAAGAAGCUGAUCAGAAGGCUAAGAGCAUUAGUCACCUUCAGCGAGCCAACAAUCAUAUGAAAGACAUGUGGGAUUUGAGUACCGCAAAGAAGAGAAACAUUGAAGCGUCUCGGAAACCGCCAAGAGACCCAAGCAACGAUCCACUACGCCGACCGCCUCCAACUUCAUCGCAACGACCCAAUAGCCCAAGUGCUCAGAGUGCUACUAGCAAUGCUAGCACUACUGACCUUUCCCUUACGAAAACGCAGACAAUAACAGCACUCAAAUACCUCAACAAGGCGAUGGAGAGGAGAAAGAAGGUCCAAAAAGCAAAGCAAAUAGAAGCAAAGAGAGCUGAGAUGGCAAACGCGGUCACGAAACCAGUUCAAAAGCCUAGCAGUAGUAAAGGGCUGCCGCCAAGUACCCCUCGCGGAAGAGAUUCAAAUGGACUUUUUGAUCAUGCUUGCAGUCUGGGGAAUUUCUGUGCUACCAACCACCAACUGGACUUGCGAGACGACGAAAUCUUGUUUGAUAGUGCCCAAGAUGGAGAUUGCGAUGCCCCUGUCAUGGCGAUUGAGGUUCGGCACGACCAUCCUGAGGCAUCGGUGCUUACUGCACCCACCAUGUUUACCAGUUCACCAGAGUCGAAAUUGUUGGAAGUGGCAGAUGGAAAGCCAAACAACAUGCGGCAGGUAAUGUUCAACUUGUUGAGAAAUGUCAAGAGCAGUAAAGUUUCCUCUACCACAGGCACACCAUCCAGCAGCUCGGAGAUGCCUACUGGUGUGGCUGAGUUAGCGGCAACGGCUAAGAAGGCACAUUCACCUUCAACAAAGAAUGGUGCAUCCAAGCUGGACCUUGAGAACUUGGAACCGCUUGAAAGCCCACAAAAGAAGCCAUCUUCCAAAGCUCGUGUGGAGGCUAAGCUGAACGAAAUGGGGUACAGGAAAAUAUCUGAAGUCAGUCAAGAGCCACUGAAAAAAUGCUUGACAGCGGUGUCCGAGGCAGAGACAGAAACCUCAACUUCGGAUGCUGCCGUUAUAGAAAAUGGAGCACCCAACCCAGCAGCUACUCCAGCAGAAGAGGUCGCUAUGACAAAGGACGAAGAGCAGACCCCGGCAUCUCAAGAUGCGGAGCCUGCAACGAACCAAGAAGUAGAUACAAAGCCUGCGACAAACCAAGACGUGGAGACUGCACCUCCGCAAACAGGCGAGCCAGAAGAAGCAAAGGCAAAACAAGCAAGAAUCAACGAGCCUGAGACGGCAACACAAGCAAACGAAGAUCAGAAUCAGCCGCUCGAGACCGAAGGGCCAACGACACCUGCUGAAAAGGUGAAGCCAAUGAAGAGAUUCGCCCGAGGCUUCAAAAAUAUCGUCCACAGGUCACACAUGCCACACAUGCCACACAUGCCACACAUGCCACACUUACCACAAGUGCCGCGCCCAAAAGGUGCUGUCACCCACUUUCAACGUAUGCUUCAUUCACGCAGAGAGAAAGCUGCCAUUAGGGCAAGCCCUCGUUCUACUACGGCGACUUCCUUGGAUGCAGUACGAAGCAACGCUUCGGACUCUGAGAAGCAAGAGCAAGGCUCAGGCUCACAAGCAGUGACGGUCAAAGCAUCUCAGAAGAGGCCUGCGCUGAAGGGGGAGUUGUCCCCGAAAAGAGAGCUAUCACCGAAGCGCAAAGUGACGUUCGAUGAUGAGCACCCAGAUGCAGUCGGCCAAAACAAAGGUGUCCGCUUUUCAUUUGACCAGGACGGAGACAACGAGGGAUUGGAAGUAUCCGAUUCAGGUGAAGCAGCAUCGGGAGACAACUGUCUCAAUACAACAUUACGAACACCUACGACGAUUAUGAUCCCUGCAACUGGCCAGGGCGAUGUCCGGAAUUUAAUGGAGGGCUCACAUGGAUUGCAUGAGAAGAAGCAACCAGUUCCUGUCUUCAACGAAGAAAAGCAACGUGCGUCUCCAGGACAAUGCGACAUGGGAAAACCUGAGACUAUUGAAGUACCCGUGCGUAGGGAUCGACAUAGCAAACAUGGCAGGAAGCUGGAAGCCGAGCACCAUCGGUUCCCAGACCACAAGGACGAAUUUAGAACGACGGGCGAACGCCGUGGGCGCUUCAAACGAUGGCUCAGCAACGAUCUGUUGCAAGAAAAGCCUUCCAUGAAGACAUCAAUGCUCAAUAUGGAUGUAAGCUUCGAAACAAACUCACUGCUGAACGGAGAUGAAGAAACCAGUGCCCCGAUUUCUCUUGCUCACAUAUCGGACACAAAAGUCGCCAAGAAUUUAAUCAGAACGAACUCGUUCUCGAGACAAAACUCUGCCAAUGGAGGUCCAACAACAAGACAAAUCCUGAACAUGCUCACUAUUGAAACUGAAACUGAAACUUCUUCCGAUGUCGACAAUGCGGCGGAUUCUGGUGAGAAGAGGCUCUUUGCGAAAUACGCACCAAAAGUACUCAAACUCCCAGCUCCAGUGUUGAAGAAAACCACUUCGUUAUUCGAUGAGAACAGAGUUCAAGCUCGCAUGGAACGCAACAAUAGCAAUUUGUCCUACGAGGUUUCGACGUCAGGGGAAUCAAUGCCCAAGGAGCCAAACAUUAUUGGAGAGAUAGAAUUUGUUUCGCCACAAGUUUCACACGAACAGGAUGACCCCAUCACUGAGAAAAGUGAACCACCUGUCCAAGCAAAACCUGCAGGGAAAAGGGGAAACAAGAAAGGAUUGGGUGCUCUCUUCGGUAUCAGAAGUAAAACCUCAGAGUCACCCAGAGCAGGGCCUUCUUCGCCCAAGAAGGUCCACGUCAAUGUUGAAAACGACGGAACGGAAUUUGAGGUUGCGAGGCCAGUGUCUCCGCCACCAAAAAGCCCACCACCAAGUCCGCCACCGAGACGAAGCAGGAAACAUGCCGUGAAGAGUCUGACUCGAAGGCUGAUACCGAAUCGGCAAGCACGUUCUCAAAGUUCCAGGAGUACGGAUGGCGAACGUGCACAUAAAGCCUGCGCCUUUCCAAAAUGCGAGGCAGAUGGCAAUGAAACGUACACGUUUGGACCCAAUUCUUUGGAGUUACCGGAUAUCAGGACAGUCGAAAGCGAUGAUGCCGUGGAGGCCUCGCUGAGCAUGUACAGGAGCGGUAACAACGGGCAGGGUCAAAUGUGUUGCUCUCCAGUUGGUUGGCAGCACGAAAAGAAUGUUCGGCCUGAGCCUGAGACCCCGAGCGCCGCUUUCACUCCCAACUUUCCCUUUUCGCCAAGAAGUGAGGCGAAUACUAACUUUGAAAGCUAUGUGUCUGACACCGCACUUGUUACAGAAUCGGGCGGCAUUUCGUCCAUGACAGUAGCCUCAUUCGACGUCGACGAGGACAAGUACAUGGGGUGUGGAAUAUUUGGAGCCGAUAGCCUGGAAGAUAUUCUCUUGCAAGAUUUUGAUUCUGUGACAUCUGAAUCCGACGAAAACAACGAUCUCAUUGAUAUCGCUAGAUCACGGAUUGCUGCUGAUGAAGCACAAGAGAAGGCGCGUCGGGCUGCAAAGUAUGCAGCAAAAGCCGCAAAAAUGGCCGCCGCGAAGUCUCAAAAGGCAAGGAACAAGAGUGCUCGGUACAUUUCACGCCACGAGGGAUUGGGACGACCGACUAGUGGAUACGACAGCAACGAAACCCCACCAGCAGGCCGCCACGCGUCUGUGAAAAUCCAGGAAUCGGGCAGUAGUCCACCAUCGUCGCCACGAAAGUUCAUGGGUCCACCCCCAAAGAGACUUCCGCCUUCGGCUGUCACUCCGCGACCGGCCAAAUCCAUUUUGAAGCCACCGCGCCAUUGGCCUCCUCCCCCGCCUGCACCACCAUCCUCCUUGCGUCGAUCGAGAAGAAACAGCAAUGAUCACUAUCAGAGCAAAGAAGGCAGUGCCUUCUGGCCAGAAGCAUUCAGGUCAAUGUUGCCGAUGUACCAGUAUGGAAAACCGGAGCGACGGGACGACACGGAGGAAGAAUCGACUCCUUCUAUCAUGACGCGCGACACCUUUGCCAGCGGCGAGGACGGACAAGAACUGAUUAUGUUGGAGGAAUUCUGAGUGGGCUCGGGAGAUAUAGUUGACCACCCAGGGACGCCAGCUUGCUAGAAUCGGAGGGAGAUGCUGGGAUUGAUUGUAAUCUAUCUGGUAGGGGCUUGGAAUGAUAGAUUUAAUAGCAAACCUUAGCACUUUUGUCCUUCCAAAUGGCGGCUUAUUCUAACUGAGGUGUUUUUCAAUCGUAAACCAGACACAAACAA